UCUUUAGUCUUUGACCAGUUAAUUCAUAACAUUUUUUUUAACCCUUAACUGCUGUCGUGGGGUCCCUGGGGGCAGGGUAGAUGUUCGUUUCCUGUUAUUUUAUCUCUGUUUCCACUGAGGCAGCUGGCCUUCUUGGUACCUUCCCAUCAGUUGCUCUCGAAUGCUCACCCGACGUGGCUAGUCCAACACUAGUGUCCUUCUUUGUGCUCUGUGUGCCACUGGCCCCGUGGGACCCCACAACACAAAUAAGGUGACUUUUUUCCAUUCUGAGAUAAUUUUUUUCACGGAUGUUUUUGUUCUAAAUAACGAUGUCUGAACGGUCGAAAGUUUUAAAAAAUAAGAGCAGAAAACCCAAAUUUUUCGAGUGUAGUAACAGGGUGGUUGAAUGAGAUAGACAGUGACAUUUCAAGUGUUGAAGACUCUCGCGAGGAAAGCGACCAUGUUAUAGAAAGUGAACGUGGCACUGAUUCUCAGGAAAGUGGUGAAGGAUAUGUCGAGGAAUGUGAAAAUAAACAGGUUAAGGCUUUUUAUGGUAAGAAUAAAUUUAAAUGGUUGGCAGAAGAGCCAAAGAGAAAUGUUAGAGUAUUUGCUCAUAACAUUGUGAAACUUCCAGGAUUGUGAGGUCCUCAGUAGAAAGUGAAGUUGACCCGAUCACCGCAUGGAGUUACAUUUUUACUGAUGAUAUGGUCACUGACAUAGUCAAAUGGACCAACAUAAAAAUUCGGAUAGCACGAGAAAAAUACAAAAAUGAAGACAGGACGGAACUGAGAGAUUGUGACACUACUGAAAUGAGAGCACUUCUUGGACUGUUGAUAUACACAGCUGUGUUCAAGUCUAACCAUGAAAAUGUGAGUACAAAUUUUGCAACUGAUGGAACCAGCAGAUAAAUAUUUAGAAUGGCAAUGUCAGCUCAAAGAUUCCAUGUUCUUUUGGUGUGCCUAAGAUUUGAUGAUAUCGUAGAAAGGGGAGAAAAAAAAGAAAAAAAUGAUCCAGCAUGUGCUGUAUCUGUAUUGUUGGAGCAAUUCAACCGCAACUCGCAAGUGGCUUUUUGGAUAGGUGCAUAUGCUACAAUCGAUGAGAUGCUAGUUUCAUUCAGGGGUCGAUGUCUUUUUAAAAUGUAUAUGCCCAGCAAGCCAGCGAAAUUUGGGCUAAAAGUUCAGUGCCUAACAGAUCCAAGAAACCAUUAUGUUUACAACACUUAUUUGUACUGUGGGAAAGGCAGUGAUGGAAGAGGACUUUCUGCCGAGGAAAGAAAUUUUCCAUUCCAACUCAAGCGGCCCUCCGUCUCUGCCAGCCUAUUCUUCAAACUAAUAGAAAGGUCACAGGAGAGAAUUGGUAUUCAUCAAUUGAACUAGUAGAGAUAUUCCUAGAAAAUGGGUUGACUUUUGUUGGCACUCAGAAGAAAAACAAACCUCAAAUACCAAAACAGUUCUUACCAUCAAGAGAGCGGGAAGUCAGAUCGUCCGUAUAUGGGUUCAUAAAUAAAAUGACACCACUUUCAUACGUACCAAAGAAAGGGAAAGCAGUGCUACUAAUAUCAUCUAUGCAUCACAGCAAAGAAAAUGACACAUCCUCCAACAAGCCUAAAAUUAUCAGUUUCUACAACAACACUAAAGGUGGAGUUGGUACAGUAGAUCAGAUGUGUGCAAACUACUCCAGCAGUCGGCGAACAAGGCGAUGGACAGUGGCUGUUUUCUUUAGAAUACUUGAUAUUAGGGAUGGGAUUUUCGAAUCUUGGAUUCGUCGAAUAUACCGAAUCCUAUGGAUUCGAGGAUUCGUAGGAUCCGAGGUGGGAUUCGAGGUAGGAUUCGAGGUGGGUUUUAAAGAGUUUUAGGUAGUAAUUGAAAAUUGUAGUGCUGGGCGGAGUUCGAAAAUUUAGAACCGAACCGAACCCUUACUUUCAGUUCAUCGAAACCUCAUAAAAUAUAUUAGAAAAACCGAACGUUCGUUUAAAAAAAAAUUACGUUUUUAUAAUUUUCUAACCCCCAUUUGAGACCAUUCACAAAACAGCACAACAAAAUUCCAUUACUUGUAAUAUUCCGACUUUUAUCGCAUAACCGUCGCCUCAACAGUUUCAAGCACAGACAAAAUAAAAAUAAAAUUAUUAAUCGUCGCAUAACUCGCAUAGCAUUUUUUUCAUAUAGGCGCGCUUUGUUUUUUGUUUACUUUAGAGAUUUUUGUAUGCAUUUCUCGUACUACGUAAUAUAAACUAUCGUACAAAUGCCAAAGGUAUUGUAUAUUAUACCUUUAACUAUAGUGCGUGUACGAGAAGUGUUGUAAAAUCACCAAACAUUGCGUACCACAUACGUUAAACUAAAGCGCAUGUACGAGAACUCUCGUAUUUCGGCAAAACUAACGUGAUCAAGUUAACACAAGACAAAUGCGGUAGGAAAUGAUUACGUAAAUUACGUAUUUUAAAUUACUGGGAUGUAUUUAUUUUCUUUGGCCUUUUUGGUUAUAACAGUCAGGUACUGAAAAUAUUAAUUUAAUUUUGUGUAUUAAAAAUACUGGUCCAGUAAAUUUUACAGUACGGUACUAAGUUGACUAGCAUAGUCGCGGCAGCCAUCAUUAUUUCUCGUGUUUUCUUUUUUCUGACGCAAAUUUCUAUAACCACACUUCUUACGUUACGUUUACAAUAUUAUUGUUCUUGAGGUGAUUUGCGAUGAGCAGGCUUACGUCGUUGAAGUUUUCCAAAUGGAGAAAAGAUAAUGACGACCCAGAUGACCCAGAACCACCCAAAAAAUGUCUAAAGUUUCUUCUGAUGAGCAGCAUUCUUCCAAGAAAACAGCAACUGCAGUCAGCGGGUUUUGUAAUGUAGAUAGAGGGUCGUCAGUUGCAGGUCGCCAUGAAGGUGGCUGUGGAGGGCUGUGCCCACGGGGAGCUGGACAGGAUCUACGAGGCGGUGCGCUACCUGCAGGAGCAGCGGGGCGUGAAGCUGGACCUGCUGAUCUGCUGCGGGGACUUCCAGGCCACGCGCAACGCCGCAGACCUCCAGUGCAUGGCCGUGCCGCCCAAGUACCGCCGCAUGUGCUCCUUUUACAAGUACUACUCCGGGGAGAAGGUGGCUCCGGUGCUGACGCUCUUCGUCGGCGGAAACCACGAGGCAUCCAACCACCUGCAGGAGCUGGCGUACGGCGGCUGGGUAGCGCCGCGCAUCUACUACCUGGGCUACGCGGGCAUUGUGCGUGUGGGCGGGCUGCGCAUCGCCGGCCUUUCCGGCAUCUUCAAGGGCCACGACUACAUGAAGGGCCACUUCGAGCGGCCGCCGUACUCGGAGGACUCCAAGCGCAGUGCCUACCACGUCCGACACCUGGAGGUGUUCCGUCUCAAGCAGGUCCAGACUCCAGUGGAUAUCUUCCUGUCACAUGACUGGCCACGGGGGGUGUACCACCAUGGAGACGUAAACCAGUUGCUUCGCCACAAGCCCUUCUUCAGGGAGGAGGUGGAGAGCGGCUCCCUCGGCAGCAAGCCGUGCGAGGAACUGCUGCACCACUUGAAGCCGUGCUACUGGUUUGCCGCGCACUUGCACACCAAGUUCGCUGCGCUGGUCCGUCACUCCCCGCCGGACUCGCCGGAUAAGGGUGGCAAGCAGCACCACACGAGAUUUCUGGCGCUUGACAAGUGUCUGCCCCACAGGAAGUUCCUUCAGGUGUUGGACAUCCCUCACGACCCUGUCAAGAGCCUGGAGCUGGAGUACGACCUGGAGUGGCUCACCAUCGUGUACUUGACCAACCACUUGCUGAGCGUGAAGCGAGGUAUCCACUACAUGCCAGGCGCUGGCGCAGACGAGAGGUGCAACUUUGCGCCUACACGGCAGGAAAUGGACCUUGUGCUACGCCGGCUCAACAACAAUCUCACGGUACCGCUCAACUUCACGCAGACGGUAACCCCGUACGACCCAGCCGAAGAUGCGCAAACGUUGGCAACACGUCCCACCGCACAGGUCAACCCGCAGACAAUGGCGCUGUGCGAACGCCUGGGCGUGGAUGACCCCAUGUCGCUGCUCCUGGAAGAUAAUGCACCAGAUUCUGCUAAUGCCUCUCUCAUUGAGGCAAAUGCGUCUGUCUCAUUCCUUGUGACGGACGACUCGGCAGUGGAACUGGACGGCAGCCUCGAGCUGGAUGUGUCGACUUGUUCACCGCGCGUGUCGCUGCGUCGGUCGGCCAUUGUGCUUCCAUCACCGCUGCACAGCGAACCCGACUGCAGUGAUGUUGAGGUUGUGAACAGCGGCUGUGACGACGUGUCCACAGUGUCUCAAGGCAGCACAGGCGGAGAGGAUGUCUCGGACACGCCCGACUGCCAGCCCACUGACCCACAGCCCAAGAACAAGAAGUUCAAGAGGCGAAACCAGGCCUUGUACCAGAGCACAGACAACGAUUGAUACCAGCAUUCCGUAGAACGUGUUUAUUUUCAGUCUCAAGGGGCUUAAAUUUUCAAACCAAGCAAAAAAUUUGAAUUAAGAAAGAAUUUUUUUUAUAUCAGUUACAAAAACCUUUUUUAAAGAACCAUUUAUUUUCGCCCCUACCAAAGCUUAAUGACACUGCAGCAAUCAUUUUUGAAUGUCAGUUUUUUGUCUAGAGUUCAUUUAAAAACAUUUAAAGUAAAGGCCGGGAACAGAGUGCAAUUGUGACAAAUGCCUGGAAACAUGAAACUAGGCUAACAGCUGUACAAUUAACAGCCUGGGGGCCCUAUGUUUAAAACACUUAGCUUCCAGUGUUACAUGAACUCCACUAGAACAGUGAACUCGAACAUGAUACAACCCUCGGCAGAGUUGAAGUGCUGAAGCAUUAAAUUUUCUGCAUACAUUUUCACCACUUAAGAGAUGAAGGUGUCGUAUGUGACUCGUGUGCAUCAAAGAAAUUUGGUAUUCAUCUUGUGGCUAGUCCGUUUUACAGCAAGGCAAGCGUCUUAUUUCUCGCAUGUUGCCUCAUGGUUACUGGGUAAUGUUUUCUACCAACAUGUUUUUCAUUUACAAACACUAACUGCAAUUAUUAGGUAUACUUUAUGCUGCUAUUUUGGGGAUAAAUAAUAAAUAGGUUUCACUUACAAAGUUAAAGGCCAAUUUUUUUUUUUUCAUGUAAGAAGCUUUGAUGUGCUUCUGUGCUCCUUUCAGUAAUAUCUUUUCCAGGUUAGUUCAGGUACAUAAAAGAAUGGUGCGAGUCUGUUAUCUAAUAGGGUACUUAUUUUACAAACAGAAUCAACUUAAAAAUGCAACUCACAGUAACAGUCGAGCAUAUUUAUUAUACCUAAAAUGGAGAUUAAAUAUUUAUCCUGUAUGAUUACGUUAGGUACAUACAAACGGUAAGUAGUCUGUUAAUGCAUGGAAUUUUUAAGGCAUGUCUCACAACAUUCAUUUAUGGACUUGAUUUAUUAUAAUCUACAAUGACCAUUAUGAAUCCAACCAAUUCCUCCUUAAAAAAGUGAAAGUCAACUGUUCCAAGAUAAAAAUUACUACAGUAUCGCAGUGCUGCAUUACAGUUAUUAAUAAUAAUAAUAAUAAUCAGUACUUCCAAAUUAAAUUUUCAGAACAUAUUUUCUCAGAAGCAGCUACUCCAAAAAAUUCCAAAAGUAGGCCCGUUGUGCAAAAUAUAAAUGCAAGAUUAAUCCAUUUAACUAUUGGUAUGUGGGGCAAUGUGCUUAUUAAAUACAUGAGACAUGACGUGAAGUAAGUCAAUUUAGUGUCAAAAUAUGCACCUCAGCAGUAACAUUUUUUUCUUCUAACAAUUUUUCUCUGCUAGUUUGAGCUGUGCAAAGACAUUAUUGCUUCUCUUUUGAUAACGAUUCAGGUAGGUAUCUGCCCUAAACUGCAGCAUAUAGUCAACAUGGGAGAGAUUUGUCAAUAGUGGGUCUAUUACUCUCUCUCUCUAAAAGGUACAACCAGCCAAAAGUCCAAAUAAGUAAAAUAGCCAGUAUACAGUUUUAAGCAAUAAUAAGGGUGGGGGAGGAGGAAUAAAAAGAAUUCUAUCAUUUAGGGCCCAUCUUCAAUGGUCCAAACCUGUGGGCUGUCCAUGUCCUUAUUCUUAUGUGAAUGACAUCACAUUGUCGGACAGAAAAAUGAAGUCUACAUUUGCAAUGUCCAAUGUUUGGAUCCACUGAUUUUGUGUUUAUGCAUUGUAAAUUAGUAUGCAGUUUAGUUUUGAAUAAGCUUACCGGACAAAGAAAUUAGUUUCCCCUGGAGAAAUCACUACAAGCAUCAUUUAAAGACAGUGUAACUCUGCAUAUUGUGCUGAGGAUCUUUAAGGUUUCACAAGGAUAUAGGAAAUGAAUAGAAAGAAGGUGUGAUUCCGUCUGAAUAUAAUUACUCCAUACUUAGAAAACUUAUGACAAACAUUAAAAAAUAUUAACAUACAAAAACAAUUAAGUACUUCAAAAAACCUUUCAGGUAUAUAUUUAAAAAAAAUAAUAUGGGCCAGCUAGUGUUGUGAGUUGGGUAAAUACCCGGUGGGUAGGGUAUUUAUAAAUGGGUAUUUACCUAGGUACUUACCCCUGCCUCUGGUAAAUACCCAAAAUGAGGGUUUUUAAAAUAAAAUCACUUUUUAAGUGUAUAAUCAUAUGGCAUAUUCAUUAUUUUAUUGCUGUAACUUUAUGCUGUAACUUUAUUCACCUAGCAGCAAAUCUUUUGAAUCCUGCAGUACAAGGUAAUGAAUUGAAACCAACAGAAUUGGUUGAUGCCUUGGGUUUUAUCUGUGAAGUUGGUCACCACAUGGCCUUGAAUGUAAUGAAGAUUCGGCAUGAUUUGGCUGACUACAGGGAUAAAGAAGGACUGUGGAGGCGCCAGUUCAUUUGGGAUGGUGUGGGUAACAAUGAAUUGAGCCCAAUAUUAUGGUGGAGGGGCCUACGUGGAACUUGUGUGUUAGCUGAUGUAGCGAUAAGAAUCCUUGGGGCUCCUGUCGCAUCAGCUGCUACAGAACGAACAUUCAGUACCUUUAGCUGGAUUCAUGACAAGAAAAGAAACAGGUUAACAACCUUAUGUGCUGCCAAGAUAACGUAUGUAUCUCAUAACUGGAAAUUACUAAACAGUACUACUGAGACAGACGAAAAACAAAGAGAGUGAGAGAGAGAAAUAAGGUAUCUCCAUACAAGAACCACAGCAAAACUGACAGUGAAGAUGAAGAUGACAUAGAGGAAGAUGACACACAGGAAGAUGACAAGCUGGAACUUACUAGUGAAAGUGAUAGUGAAGUGGUUAGUAAACUUGGAAGAGUAUUAUUAAAAAUAUUAGUCGAAUAUUUUUAACUUUUAGUCCAUUUUGCACAGAUGAAGAGUGAAGAACAAAUAAACAUGCAAUUAAUUUCUCAGCUAUUCUUAGAAAAUUUUGAAAAUAAAUGUUUACUUUUUAUUUUGAUAUUGUGUAAGUUAAAUAACAUUGUAGGUUAAUUAAUGUGAGAUUUAAGUAAGGACUGGAAAGUAAUAACAGAUGGAGUAAUAUAAAACUAUAAAAAGAUAAAUUAAAAACAGAAACUUAAAAAACAAAAAAAAUAAAUAUGAUUAGUUAUGUAAUAUUGUGUGCUUUUGUGUUGAAUGCAUGAUGUUAAUGAAAGUAUGCUACAACUUUUAAAGGUGAUUCCUUCUUCCAAAAACAAGGUAGUCAAGUCUUAGUGUUACACUACGCCAUUUUUUUUGCAUAGUACUAUUCUCUAGGGAAAAUUUGUAGUUAAAAAAUUAAAAAUGGUUAAUAUUGACAAAGUAUCUAAAAUGAUGUGGAGUAAAAUUACAAUAUUUUGAUAAAUCUUUAGUGUGUUGAAUUAUCCAACCUUCGGGGGGGAAAAACCUUAAAAUAAAACUAUCCCCUUCAUGAUAAUAAUAGGUCAGGUCAGGUUACCCUAUUCGCUAUUCCCCAAAAUAAAAAUUUAUUUGUCUGGUUUUUCUAAAUAUUUCACACUGUUGCUUUUCCCCCGUAAGAAUUGUGCUUGGAAAAAAUGGUGGUGUAUAACUAUUCCAUGUUUUUGAUAAGGAAUCACCUGCUUAAGUUUGCAACAUACUUUCAUUAACAUCGUGUAUGUAACCUAUUACUUUGUGAAAUUAUUAAAACUCGACAAAAUUAAAAUUAUCAUUGAUUUAAUGAAAAUACCCAGGUAUUUAUGAAAUUUGGGUAUUUACCUGGGUAAGUACCCAAGGUAUUUACCCUUAAUUAUAUAUACCUGGGUAUUUUACAUCUCUAGGGCCAGCCCUAAAUCAGAUUACAAAAAGGUUUCACUAAAAAAAAAAUACAUAAACCAAUAAAAAAAUGAAAAUAUAUUUAAACCAUCCCAGUAUAUAUUGUUAAAGUCCAGAAAUGAUGUUUAUCUGAUGAACCACGUCUGACGGCGUGAUUUAAGAAAGUUCAGAAAAAGGUUGAAAGAUACAGUAGCACUGGAGGUAGGGCCUUCGUUUCCCGGAGAUCAAUCGGGAACAUGAUGCCAGGGUGCCUGUGUGUUGUUGAGGAAGGGUGGUGAAAAUGCCAAUACGGCGUCCGGCUCUCGGACCCUGUCUACGAACAGUCCGAAUCAAAACUGAUCAGAACUAGUACACAGAUAGUAUAAACUGGGCAGAGAAUGCCCGCAAAAGUUAUGGGGAGGUUGGGGAAUGUCGCAGAUCGUAACUCACCAGACAGGGACGUUGGCUUCUAUUUUCUGAUGCGUCGCCAGUCCGGAUCUGGAGCCCGCGAAUACGCGGCUGGCGCAGACGUUUCUACCAUUUCAAAAGAAAUUAUUUAAAAUAAAAUGACUACUAUGUUGAUUACUGUACAGACAGACUAAACUACUUAAAUAAAUUUAAAGGGAUCGCAUCCCUUGUCUAAUCGACUACAUCGUCGGUUGCUGCCAGAUGGAAGUCUUGCAGUGCGUUGAUCCGCCGAUAAUCACAAACAGUCCUCUGGGAUAGCGCCACGAAGUGUCUGGCCAAGAGCCGCAUCUCGUAAUUAAAAGUAAAUGUUCAAUCAAAAGUGGAGGGCGAGACUGGGGGGUCUGCACCGAAAGGUUCCGAAGUUCCCCGAGUGGGCAUCAUAAUAAACUCUGACUUUGAUGUCUCGAAGUUGGUAGCACUGGCCGACUUUAGCGCUACCUAUUGUGGGGUGUCUGAAAUAAAAAAAGAAUCGACUCGCCCGAGACUUUAGCUAUCGCCUGGGGCUAAUGCCGCAGUCUGGUGCUGCACUCUGGCGGCCUACAGGGGAAGGUAGCUGUGAGGUUAGCAGAGUUGUCCCCAGAUGUCGCGGGGGUCAACUCCGCCCGCUGGCGACAAGGGAAGAAGUUACUGUGUCCGCCGCUAGAUGUCGUGUGUGGUCCAUCUUUGCACAUAUUUUUUUCUAUGGUAAGUCGGCCUUGAAAAUGGCCAACGCUUGGCGGGGUUCACGGGAGGACAAUGAUCCUGGGCUAAAUUCUUAGAACCAAGAGGGAGCUGGGACGGUGUGGGGGGGAACAAAAACGCAAUGACGGUGGGAACGAGCGUCCUAGCCGUGACUUUCAAGGAGAGAACCUAAGACAAAUGCGUGACGUUAAAAGCUAUGGUAAGCUCGUCUCUGAGAAAUGGUAACAACUUGUCCAGAGCUGUUGUAUGCAGUUUUAGUCAUGAAGAGAAGUAAUGUUACAGGCCUGGGACGUGACUGCAAGCGAGAGAAAUGUCAAACGGGCUGCCAACGAAGUCUUAGAUUUGCAAAAGAUCAGAUAGGUCUCUGAGAAAGGUGCUUCAGUCUACUGGCACAAAGUUUAACUACGUAGAGUACACCAGCCAAACAAAGUGUAAAUCACCCAAUUGUAACCAAAUUAUAUAGCAAAUAAAAUUUCCAAAAAUAAUUUAAAAUUAUAAUAACAAUUAAAAAAAACGUGUCGAAAAACCUAAUAUCCGGCACAAUAUGGACUUGAUAACCGUCUGAAUUUGGUUGGGAAGUGAGUCCGUACAUGCAGGUACGUCGCGUACAGGUUAAGCCACUCGCUGACAAUUUGAUCGCACAAUUCCACCAAAUUGCAGGGAUGCUGAUGUUGGUGUUUUACCUGCUGUUCCAACAUGUCUUACAGAUUUUCCAUGGGGUUCAAGUCAGGUGAUUCUGCAGGCCAAUUGAGAUGUAAUAGGGUGGGGGAUUGUUCAUAAAACUAGUCACAUAUACGUCUAGCCUGAUGAACUUUGCUGAUGUCAUCUUGAAAAAUUGGGACAUACUCAUGCAGAUAGAUGUUGACUGAAAAGCAACACCUGAUCAUCCAUAAUGUUUAAAUAAGCAUGCUGAUUCAUGUUAGUGGUCACCGUAGUAAGUGGGCCCAAAUCCACUAUAUGAAAAACACCCACAAAAACAUCACAGACCCACCUCCGGCUUGAACUUGACCUCGCACAAAUCCAGGAUGAAAUGCUUCAUUAAUCCGUCAGUGCACUCGACAUGCGUCAUUGGUAUACAGGCAAAAACAUGAUUCGUCUGACCACAUUACAUUCCGCCAGUCAACUACUGUCCACGUACUAUGAGUUCUAGCCCAUUGAAGAUGUGCAGUUUUAUGUGCAUGUACGAGCAAUGGACUCUAUAGAGGUGACCAACUCCAAAUGUUCAUUGUGUGCAGUUCCCAUCGCAAUAUUCUCUUGCCAACAGGUUGGGAUGGACCUUCAUUCAUUGUAUUCAGCAAUUCCUGUCGGGUUUGGAUCAGAUUUUGAUUCACUAGCCGUGAAAUACAUCUCCGGUCCCUCUGUCAGGAUCUUUUUCCAACCACAAUUCUGAUGUGUUUUGUAGCCACGUGUAGUACACCACUGCUUGUAGACACGUUGAACAGUCCACUGCAAAACACCAACACCAACAAAUCCAGCAACUUCACGCACCGUAUGGCCAUGGGCAUGGCCCCUUUCUGCCACUCUUGUUACAUCCUUAAAUCUAUCCAUAUUGACGUACCCUGUCUACUUGAAACAUCAAUGUCUCACUUAUCGCUACUGCCUUAUGCUCACAUAGAGGAAUGGUGCGUGAGAUUGAGCACGGGACUCAUUCAAUGUGCCAUCUGUACAGGCUUAACGAUCCAUCUGUGCGUGCGCACUAGGGAGACUAAUUUUUGUCUGCUGAGCUUAUUAAUCAAGUAACUUGUGAAAGAUGUAAGAGUUCAAUAAUAUUUAGUAAGGCAAAUGUAUACUAAUAAAUUGAUUUUAGUCACACUGUCAACAAUGGAUUUUCGUUUUCUCCCUGUGAAAAGCGCCAGUCACAAACGGACAGGACUAGCAAUAUUUUGUCUUGGUCUUCUUGGCUUCCUGUUCCUACCGCAAGGUCCGUUUUCUGUUUACCUUUUGGAAAUUGCUUGGUUUAUGCUAUUUUGAGCAUCUAAAGUACCCAUCAGUGGUUCCAACAUGAACGUGUCCAUUCGUAAAAAAUUCUAACACUGACAAGUGCUAACUUGAUAUUUCCUGCUUAUGUUACCCCCCCCAACCCCUGGAAAAACCUAUUCGGUCUUUUUAAAUAAACUUUCUGAUGUUUCAAUAGAAGAAUUAUUUAGUUUUGAGAUGGGUCAAGGCUCAAAAACUUAAGCUGAGUUGAGCAAGUAGCUUCAGCUUGGCUUGAAAAUCAAGUUCAUUGUACUCGACCUAACAAAACUUGACAUUACAGUUAAAUUAUGGAAAAAGGUUUUUCAACGAACUGUAUCAAAAACUUAGCUGGGAAAACUUUUUAUAACGGAAAUUGAAGAUUUUCUCUUUUUCAUAGUUUAGUUGUAUAUAUUUAUGUUGAAUAAUAUGUGUCUGCACAAAAAUACAUAUUUAAAUUAAAUUUUUUGAAAAAAAUUGGUUGUCUGUAAAUUUAGUUUACGGACGAUAGUUUAACGUGACAACAUUAUAACAAAACAUUGAUGAAAUUAUUGAUCCAGAAGAAAAGGAAAUAUCAUAUUCGGCUUGAGACUGAGCCGUAAUAAGUUUUUGCAACCAAACCAUUUAGGCAUUAAAAAUAUUAUAUUCUUUGAGGAAGAAUUUUUUUUAAUAUUUCUAUCUUUUGUAUGAUAAAAUCUACCUCUGCAUACUUUUAUGAAUAAAAUUGAAUCAUUUUUAUUGAAUUAUCACUAUUUUGUAUGGAUACAAAGGAGUGAAAUGAAAUGUACAAUUUAAUUAAUAAAUUUACUUUUAUUUGCAUUCAUUAUUCAAAUAUAUUUAUUACUUUUGAAAUGUUACGUGCGCCGUAUUUAUUAUUAAAAGUUAAAAAAAAAUA